AAGUUGAGUCAAAAAAAAAAACACAAACUCUUUCAAUAUUAUCUUUUCCCAAAUUGAUAAAUUAAAGAAAAAGUUAAUCCCCAAACAAAGUUUAAGUUGUUAAUAUUUAUUUGACUUGUGUUUUACAAUCUUUAUAUAUGGUGGAAAUAACCCAAAAGUGCAAUAUGCGGCUUCAGCAGUAGCAGGCAUGCCAAAGCUACCAACGCUGACAGUGCAGUGUUAGUAGAGCCGGAAACCUUGCCUUGUGGGUUUCAUAUUCUGCUUUAUUGAUCCAUCAAACCCAGCACAGCAGUUCUAUUUGGCUUCGUACAACUAAUUGCAAAUUGCAUUAUGUAGCCACCGGCCUAUCCUGUCAAGUGUAAGCAGCUCUGCUUGAAAAGCUUUGCAAAUGGAGAAACUCAAUUGAGGUCUAACAUGUUGAAUCUUCCAAUUCCUCCCAACGUUGAACAAGAAUCUGCUUCACCUUCAUAUUCAUCGUCUUCCUCGGAAGAAAAAGGGCAGUUUUAUGGUCUUAGAGAGAACCCAAAGAGAAGCAUUCGCUUUGUAGAUCCUGAAUUCGUUGAUGCAGACUCAGUUGUUGUUCAAAGCAAAGAAAGUGAGACCGAGUCGUCCAAGUACCCAACCCAGAAACGAUCAAAACGGACUUGUGCUGAACCUGAACCGGCGACUUCCCUCUCUGACACUACAACUGAAGAAGAUGUCGCUUUCUGUCUUAUGAUGCUUUCAAGGGACCAACGGAAAAGCAAAGUAGCUCAACAUGAUGAUAUUGAUGAUGAAGAAGAAGAAACAGAUGAAUCUGCAGAAUUUAAUAGAACAACUCGAGGGAAAUACAGAUGUGAAACGUGCAACAAAGUUUUCAACUCGUACCAAGCACUGGGUGGACACAGAGCGAGUCACAAAAAGAUCAAAGCUUACGAAACAGAGUUAGCACCAGAAAAUGUGGGUACUACUUGUUCAAUGACAGAAAAGAAAACACAUGAAUGUCCUGUUUGUUUUAAAGUGUUCUCGUCUGGACAAGCUCUUGGCGGGCAUAAAAGGUCUCAUGUAGCAGCAGCAACAACACAAACCUAUGUUAAAAGUUCCAACAAGUUGGUAGUUAAUUUUAUAGAUCUUAAUCUUCCUGCUCCAGUGGAUGAUGAUGAUGAUGAUGAUGGGUUCCUAAUGCUUAAAUAGUCAACAACGUAUAAAGUGACGGACAAAUUUUCUUUUCGUGGUUUACAACAAUGUUUGAUCCUAAGGUAAAUUAUUUUGUUUGAUUUUACCUGUUUCUGGGAUCUUAGAUUUUUUUACAGUAAAAUUUAGGAUGUAAGGGGUUGUGUUGUAUGUUUUUCAUCGAUUGUUCUACUCUGUUCUAACUUCUAA